AUGUCAUGGCGUUCACUGUUGUGCACUACUUCCAAAACACUGUUCGCCUUCAAUGGCUUACACCUUUCGCUCAGAGCUACAGCAGUUUAUGCAGCACGUGAUGUAUUGAGUAGUAUUUCUGCGCCCGAAGUUACAUCCUUGAAGAAUGGGUUUCGUGUUGUCACUGAAACUAACCAACGACCAACCAUCGCUGUUGGCGUUUGGAUCGAUUCUGGAAGUCGUUUUGAAAAUGAAGCAAACAAUGGAAUUUCAAAUUUCCUGGAACACAUGAUGUACCGUGGAACAAAGAAACGAUCGCAAACAGAAUUGGAGACAGAAUUGGAGAAGAUCGGUGCAAGAUUUGAUUCAUAUACUUCCAGAGAUCAUAAUGCGUUUUAUGUGCAGUGCGUCGCAAAACACGUAGAGAAUGUGGUGGCACUGCUGGCCGAUGUACUACAAAACAGUAAAUUAGAGCAAGCGACUUUGGAAACUGAGCGUACUCGAAUACUGUGUGAAAUAAAUAAAGCAGCUGAAGAUCCGAGUGAAAUGGUUUUUGACUACCUUCAUAAUGCUGCUUUCCAGGGAACACCUAUGGCUAAAUCUGUCUACGGUACAGAGGAGACAGUGAGGAAUUUGACACGAAAUGAUUUGCGCAAAUAUAUAGAUGCUUACUACAAACCAUCUCGGAUGGUGCUGGGUGCAGUUGGUAAUAUUGAGCAUUCUCAAAUUGUAAACCUUGCUGAACGAUAUUUUGAUAAUCUUUCAACUGGUCAGUCAGGAAAUACUCUUGAUUCGGAGGGAAUUCGUUUCACGGGAAGCGAGUUCAUAUAUCGGAAUGAUGAUAUGCCUUUUAUGUAUGGCGCGUUGGCAGUUGAAGGCGUUGGUUUCAGUCAUCCCGAUGCUAUCCCAUUAAAAGUUGCAAGUGCAAUGAUUGGCGAUUGGGAUUGUACACAAUUAUCAUCAACCAAUGCUGCCACUGCUGUUACGCAGAAAAUUUCUACAGGUUAUGGAGUGCAUCAGUUGAAGUCAUUUUCUAUCAAUUAUGGGAACUGUGGUUUGUUUGGAUUCUACGUCGUUAUGGAUGGUAGCGAUGUAGCUUCUACCACAUUCGGUAUGAAGGAAGUUAUUCGGGGUUGGAAAAGAUUGGCUAUAGGAGUAUCUGAAGAAGAGAUUGAGCGAGGCAAGAAUAUGUAUAAAACAGUAGCAUUUUCGGCUUUGGAAUCAAGCGUUACACGUGUUGAUGAUAUUGCUAAACAGGUCCUUUAUUCUGAUACGGUACAAUCAUUGUCCGAUCUUGAAAAUGCUAUUGAAAAUGUAGAUAAGAAGGCAAUAAGUGAAGCUAUAAACAAACACGUCUAUGAUCGAGACCUUGCAGUUGCAGGAAUUGGACGCACCGAAGCUUGGCCAGAUUACUAUCAACUGAGAAUAGGCAUGAGUGCUUGGCGAUUAUAA